UGUACCAAUCUUGUCCUAUAAAUACACCGCAAGCGGUAGAAACCUUUGUCAGCGAAACUAAUGGCUCCAUUCUCAUUGCGUUGCCGACUUAGGGCUGGAGCUUUAACAAGGAAACGUUUCAAAACGAAGGCUAAGCAUGACAUGCAGGAAAGCUUCAAGAGAUUGAAGUCAGAAAUGGAGGAAAUAAGCCAGGAACAAAAGAACAUCAGAGAAGGCCACAGACUAAUUAACAAAAAAUUUGAAGCAAUUGAAUCUGAGGGCGAGGAAUUGAAGAGAGAAACUAUACUCAUAAUCCAGCAAAGUGCCAGAACCAAGAUUAAACUGGCUCUCAUGUUCCGCAUAUUGAAAGCUAGGGAAGCCGGUGAAUUUAAUACCGCUGCCGAUCUCACUGAAAUGCUCCGGUUGGUUGUGAAAUAGUACGAAGAGAGGAGGAAAAGGCAAUCUGACAGCGCGCCCAGGAUAAACUGCCUCUGCUCUGCUUCACCAAAUAUAAAGGAAUAAACUUAUGCGGGACGAUUAAGUAUUUGCCGUCUUUCAUCGUGUGUUAUUGACCACAACUUUAUGUUUAAUAUAAAGGAAUGUCUGAUGCUAAACAUUAUAUAUACGGCUUAAAACCAACAAAGUUCAAAUAAACUACCCAUUGAGUGGCAAA